CAUUUUCAGACCCAAAUCUUGACUGAAAUCUCUCUCUCUCUCUCUCUCUCCUCUCUCCUCUCUCUCACUUCCGAUCGCUUCCUCUGAUGACUCCCGGUUCCUCGCGAAUCAUGGCCAAUUUUUCCUCCACAGCUUCCAAUCAGAUUCGGUUCCUGCUCAACUCCUUGAACGAAGUCAACUUUGACUCCGUUCUCCAGCAACUUUCUCAGUUCACUGAAUUUGGAACCGUUGGAUGCAUUUUGCUGCUCCAAACUUGCUUGGAUCACUUAAAUUAUGUCAGAAGAGAUAGAAAAGAUAUGCAGCAUGAGCCAAUUCUUGGGGCAGUAGUUAAGUACCUCUUGGACAAACCAAACUUCAGCACAGUAUUUUCUGAGUCAAUGAAGAAUGUAGACAUUAAUGAAAGCUUUCUCGAAAGCUUUUGUAAUGGAUUACAGCUGUCUUUACUGGAGAAAAUUGCCAUCAGUCUUGCUUUAUCUGAUUCUGAAAAUCCCGAUGCCAGGCUAUGUGGCAAGAAUUUUUGCAUGGCUCAGAUUGAAGAGUUGUGUACGAAUCCUGGUUCUCUGAGUUUCCAUGAGCAAAUUCACAGUGUUAUCAUGUUCCUCAAGCAGUCUGAGGGUCUCUCUGAGCAUGUAGAUUCCUUUAUGCAGAUAAUAUCGCUGGUGCAGUUCAAUGACACACCACCUUUUGUUUUGACCCCGAUGCUACCUGACGAGAUGCAUGGGGCUGAUUUUUUGAGGUGGAAUAUGGAGUUCAUCCAUGAGAGUGAAGAAAAUGAUUUUGAUGCUAUUUUGGCAGACAUACAGAAGGAAAUGAACAUGGGGGAUCUUGUGAAGGAACUAGGUUAUGGAUGCACAGUUGAUGUCUCACAGUGCAAGGAAGUAUUGUCACUCUUCUUACCUUUAACGGAUAAUAUGCUCUCUAAAUUACUUGGUGCUAUUGCACACUCUCAUGCUGGGCUGGAGGAUAACCAGAGCACAUUCUUAACUUUCGGCGCAGCCCUUGGAUACAAUAACUUGUCCGAGUUACCACCACUUAACUCUUGGAAUAUUGAUGUGUUGAUAGAUACGGUCAAGAGUCUCGCACCACAAACCAGUUGGGUCCGUGUUAUUGAAAAUCUUGAUCAUGAAGGAUUUUACCUUCCCAGUGAAGAAGCAUUCUCUUUUCUUAUGUCUGUUUAUAAACAUGCCUGUAAGGAACCAUUUCCGCUCCGCGCUGUCUGCGGGUCUGUCUGGAAGAAUACCGAGGGUCAGCUGUCUUUCCUUAAAUAUGCUGUAACCGCACCGCCAGAAAUGUUUACAUUUGCACACUCUGCGAGGCAACUGGCAUAUGCUGAUGCAAUUCAUGGCCACAAGCUUCAAAAUGGACAUGCAAAUCAUGCCUGGCUGUGUAUCGACCUUUUGGAUGUCCUCUGCCAGCUAGCUGAGAAGGGUCAUGCCAGUGUUGUUUGGUCAAUCCUGGAUUAUCCCCUAAAACACUGUCCAGAAAUAUUGCUUCUUGGGAUGUCACAUGUUAAUACUACUUACAACCUCUUCCAGCGAGAAGUAUCUCUGAUUGUUUUUCCCAUGAUAGUAAAAAGUGAUGUUGGUAGUGGAAUGAUUCUACACCUUUGGCACAUAAAUCCCAAUCUGGUCCUGCGAGGCUUUAUGGAUUCUCAAAACGAUGAUGUAGGCAGCAUUGUGAGAAUUGUAGACAUCUGCCAAGAGCUUAAGAUUCUAUUACCGGUGGUGGAAGUUAUUCCCUAUUAUUAUAGUAUAAGGUUAGCGUCUGUUGCUUCAAGAAAAGAUAUUCUUGAUCUUGAGAAGUGGUUGAGUAACAAUUUAACUACAUACAAGGAUGCCUUCUUUGAGGAAUGCCUAAAGUUUUUGAAGGAAGUUCAAUCUGUGGGAUCACAUAAUCUAUCUGACCAAUCUUUUCAUCUGUCUGGUGGUGUUCUGAAUUUCUUUACCGAAACAACUGCUACAUUUUUGAAGGUUCUCAAAUCUCAUACUGACUUGGUUACCUCUGGACUACUUUCUGAGGAGCUGGAGAGUUUGCAUAUAUCUAUUAUAGAUUCAAAUCCAAGGCUUCAAAAUAGCGAGACUACUGAUUCACCUACUUCUACACAAUUUCCGAAUGAUGUUGAAGAUAAAGCAAAUGCGAUCUUCCAAGAGAUGUUUCAUGAUAAGAUAUCUGUACCUUCAGUGGUGCAAACACUAAUCCGAUUCAGCGGGUCUUCUGUGAAGAGAGACAAUAUGAUUUUUGAAUGCAUGAUUGCAAACUUGUUUGAGGAGUAUAAGUUUUACCCAAGGUAUCCAGAAAUGCAACUCAAAAUUGCCGGACUUAUCUUUGGUUCUGUGAUUAAGCAUCAUCUUGUGACACAUCUCUCGCUUGGGAUAGCUCUUCGAUAUGUUCUUGAUGCAUUGCGCAAGCCUGCAGAUUCUAAAAUGUUUAUGUUUGGAAGUUUGGCACUGGAGCAAUUUGUGGAUCGUCUUAUUGAGUGGCCUCAGUAUUGCAAUCACAUUUUGCAAAUUUCCCAUUUGCGCAGCACACAUUCCGAAAUAGUUGCUUUCAUCGAACAGGCUCUUGCUAGGAUAUCCUCUGGUCAUACAGAUGUAGAUGGGACGACUCAUGCUUCCGCUGUUAUCAGUAACCAUAGUUCUGCACAAGCUACAUUAGGUCAUGUAGAGCUCAGCGGCUCCAGCAUCAUACAACCUGGGCAGCAGCAUUUGUCAAUGCAGCUUCAACAGAGACGUGAUAAUUCUCUGGAUGAUUCUCACAAGACCUCUGUUGGUUCUUCGACUGAUAUGAAACCUCCGUUAGCUUCUCUAGGGCAAUCUUCAGUGAUUAUACCGGCUGAUACUUCUAGUGGCAAUAAGUUACAUAACCCAGUCAGUGCCUCAUCAAUGUUAUCUUCUUCUCCUGGUUUUGUCCGUCCGUCUCGCGGAACCACUUCUACCAGGUUUGGAUCUGCCUUGAAUAUUGAAACUUUGGUCGCUGCUGCAGAGAAAAGAGAAACUCCUAUUGAGGCUCCAGGGUCAGAGGUUCAGGACAAGAUAUCAUUCCUAAUUAAUAAUAUAUCUUCUACUAAUACCGAAGCCAAAGCAAAAGAGCUCACUGAAAUUUUGAAAGAGCAGUACUAUCCAUGGUUUGCUCAGUAUAUGGUCAUGAAAAGAGCAAGCAUUGAGCCAAAUUUCCAUGACAUGUACCUGAAAUUCUUAGACAAAGUUAAUUCAAAGGCUUUGAACAGAGCAAUUAUCCUGGCAACAUAUGAAAAUUGCAAGGUUCUUUUAGGAUCUGAACUUAUAAAGUCAAGUUCUGAAGAGCGCUCUUUGCUUAAAAAUCUGGGUAGCUGGCUUGGAAAGUUGACAAUUGGACGGAAUCAAGUUUUGAGGGCUCGUGAAAUAGAUCCGAAAUCUUUGAUUAUAGAGGCAUAUGAGAAGGGGCUGAUGAUUGCUGUUAUUCCAUUUACUUCAAAGGUCCUUGAACCAUGCCAAAACAGUCUUGCAUAUCAGCCCCCUAAUCCUUGGACCAUGGGCAUUUUAGGAUUGCUUGCUGAAAUUUAUUCAAUGCCAAACUUGAAAAUGAACCUCAAGUUUGACAUAGAGGUUUUAUACAAAAAUCUCGGCGUAGAUAUGAAGGAUGUCACACCAACUUCUCUCCUGAAGGAUUGUAAAAGAGAAAUUGAAGGAAACCCUGAUUUCUCUAAUAAAGAUGUUGGAGCAUCAUCACAGAUGAUUUCUGAUAUAAAAUCCAGCCUUGUUCCUCCAGUAAAUCAAGUAGAGCUACCACUUGAAGUCACCAAUCCAUCCAAUAGCGGGGCUCAUCCACAUAUAGUAUCUCAGUAUGCUGGCCCAAUUCAUAUUCCCUCUGGAACAUUGAUGGAAGAUGAGAAAGUAGCACCUCUGAGCUUAUCUGAUCAAUUACCUUCUGCUCAAGGACUGUUACAGGCAAAUACUGCUCCAGCACCUUUCCAGCUCCCAACACAGAUACAUACUAUUGGAACUCAUGUUAUUAUAAAUCCAAAGCUCAGUGGUUUUGGGUUACAGAUGCAUUUUCAAAGAGCGGUACCUAUUGCAAUGGACAGAGCCAUCAAAGAAAUAGUGUCCAGUAUUGUGCAGCGUAGCGUUUCCAUAGCAACCCAGACAACAAAGGAACUUGUUUUAAAGGAUUAUGCUAUGGAAUCAGAGGAGAAACGUAUUAAAAAUGCCGCACACUUGAUGGUUGCUAGUCUGGCUGGGAGUUUGGCUCACGUGACGUGCAAAGAACCUUUACGGACAUCAAUAUCAAAUCAACUGAAGACUUCACUUCAGAGUUUAAAUAUUGGAAACGAAAUUUUGGAUCAAGCUGUGCAACUUGUUACCAAUGAUAAUCUAGAUCUUGGUUGUGCAGUAAUUGAACAUGCCGCCACUGACAAGGCAAUUAACACCAUCGAUACAGAGAUUAGUCAACAACUUUCUUUGAGAAAGAAGCAGCGAGAAGGUAUGGGUUCUACAUUUUUUGAUGCAAACUUGUAUCCACAAGGUUCUAUGGGUGGUGUUCCAGAGCCCCUUCGCCCUAAGCCUGGUCAGUUGUCCCUGUCACAACAGCGUGUCUAUGAGGACUUUGUUCGGCUUCCUUGGCAAAACCAGUCUAGCCAGAGUUCACAUUCAAUGUCCGCGAGUGUUUCUGUUCAAUCUGCUAAUAGUGGUAUUACUGGCACCAGUGCUCCUGCAUCUGGACAGAUAAACCCUGGCUACUCUCUAACCACAGGAUAUGAGGGACUCUCUCGACCAAUAGAUGAUAUGCCAGAACCUAAUUUUACUCCACAUUAUAGUGCUUCCUCAAUUAACAUUAGAGCAGCCGACAAUGUUUCCCAACAUAGUAUGGAGAAAGACUCUGUUGCCUCGUUCCCUUCAACUGCUUCCACCCCUGAGUUGCACGCAGUGGAUUCUUCAGAUGCUGUGAAAGAAUCUGGAUCUUCUUCCCAGCCACUGGUUUCAUCAGGUGCCGUGGAGCGCAUUGGAAGUAGCUUCUUGGAAUCAUCUCUCUCUACAAGGGAUGCUCUGGAUAAAUACCAGAUUGUUGCACAAAAGUUGGAGGCUCUGGUCAACAAUGAUUCGAGGGAGGCAGAAAUACAGGGAGUCAUUUCUGAGGUGCCUGAAAUCAUACUCAGAUGUGUUAGUCGAGAUGAGGCAGCUUUAGCUGUGGCUCAAAAGGUUUUCAAGGGUUUAUAUGACAAUGCUUCGAACAACGUUCAUGUUUAUGCAUAUCUUGCAAUCCUGACUGCCAUUCGUGAUGUUUGCAAGCUUGCUGUCAAAGAGCUUACUAGUUGGGUAAUUUACUCGGAUGAAGAGAGGAAAUACAAUAAAGAUAUUACUGUUGGUCUCAUCCGCAGUGAACUACUAAAUCUAACAGAGUACAAUGUUCACAUGGCAAAACUUAUUGACGGGGGAAGAAACAAGGCUGCUACGGAGUUUUCAAUCUCUCUUCUUCAAACCCUGGUCAUUGACGAACCAAAAGUUGUUUCAGAACUUCACAAUCUUAUCGAUGCUUUGGCAAAGCUUACUACAAAGCCUGGAUACCCCGAAUCGUUGCAACAACUCAUUGAGAUGAUCAAGAAUCCUGUUGCUUUAUCUGCUAGUAAUGCUGGAAAGGAAGAUAAAUUGAGGCUAUCUAGAGACAAUAAGGGUCCUAGUCUGCUAGUUGGAAACCGGGAAGAGUUAAACAUUGUAGAUUCUGCCAAACCUGAUCCUGCUGGAUUCCGUGAGCAGGUGUCCAAGUUGUUUGCUGAAUGGUAUAGGAUAUGUGAACUUCCUGGUGCCAUUGAUACAUCUGCUACCCACUUCAUCGUACAGUUGCAUCAGAGUGGGCUGCUUAAGGGGGAUGAUAUGACAGAUCGCUUUUUCCGUCUGUUGAUGGAAAUCGCAGUUGCACAUUGCUUAUCCACUGAGGGGAUUAAUUCAGGGGCACUGCAAUCUCCUCAACAAAUGCUGUCAAUGUCAUUUAUCGCAAUUGAUGUUUAUGCAAAGCUUGUCUUCUCAAUCUUGAAGGGAUCAAGCAAACUCUUUCUUCUCUCCAAGAUUCUAGCAGUUACUGUCAGAUUCAUUGUAAAAGAUGCAGAGGAGAAGAAGGUCUCUUUUAAUCCAAGACCAUUUUUCAGACUGUUCAUCAACUGGCUUCUAGAUCUUGGCUCACUUGAGCCUGUUACUGAUGGUGCAAAUCUCCAGAUUUUGACUGGGUUUGCCAAUGCAUUUCAUGCUCUGCAGCCACUCAAAGUUCCUGGAUUCAGUUUUGCUUGGCUGGAGUUGGUUAGUCACCGGAGCUUCAUGCCAAAAAUGCUGACUGGUAACCUUCAAAAAGGUUGGCCUUAUAUCCAAAGGUUGCUUGUAGAUUUGUUCCAAUUUAUGGAGCCUUUUCUGAGGCAUGCCGAGCUAGGAGAUCCGGUCCGUGUUCUCUACAAGGGAACACUUAGGGUGCUCUUGGUGCUACUUCAUGACUUCCCAGAGUUCCUUUGUGACUAUCACUUUACCUUUUGUGAUGUGAUACCUCCAAGUUGCAUACAGAUGCGAAAUAUUAUUCUAAGUGCAUUUCCGCGUAGUAUGAGGCUGCCAGACCCUUCAACUCCAAAUUUGAAGAUUGAUUUGCUUCAGGAAAUAACUCAAUCCCCUCGCAUUCUUUCUGAGGUUGAUGCAGCAUUGAAAGCAAAGCAGAUGAAGGCUGACAUAGAUGAAUACCUUCAGACAAGGGAACAACCUUCUCCACUUUUAUCUGAAUUAAAAGAGAAGCUGCUACUCUCACCAAAUGAAGCUGCCUCUGCCGGCACUCGUUACAAUGUGCCAUUAAUCAACUCCCUUGUACUGCAUGUUGGAAUGCAGGCAAUUGAGCAACUCAAGUCUCGAGCUCCCCAUGCACAAUCACCACAAACUACAUACGGGCUGGCUGUAUUUUCUGUUGGAGCUGCUUUGGAUAUUUUCCAGACUUUAAUCGUUGACUUGGAUACGGAAGGGCGAUACCUUUUCCUAAAUGCUGUUGCUAACCAACUGCGUUAUCCCAAUACUCACACACACUACUUUUCCUUCGUCAUCCUUUACUUGUUUGCAGAAUCAAACCAGGAAAUUAUCCAAGAACAAAUUACAAGAGUCUUGCUAGAACGCCUUAUUGUAAAUCGACCUCAUCCAUGGGGCCUCCUUAUUACUUUCAUUGAGCUGAUUAAGAAUCUAAGGUAUAAUUUCUGGAACCGGUCAUUCAUAAGAUGCGCACCAGAGAUUGAAAAACUUUUUGAAUCAGUCUCAAGAUCUUGUGGAGGUCCAAAACCAGUGGAAGAGAGUAUGGUUUCGGGCUGGGUCUAACUGUCCACAAAGUCUCUUUCUUGUUAACUUUAUUUAGGCUAGCUAUCUCUUAACUAAUCAUUUUAGGCUACUUGCGCACUGUCCAUGAUUAUCUAAAAUACACUGUCUGAUUGUAAAUGAUAUAUUUUGUUGUAAGUUUUAUACUGUCCGAACAAUUAGCUAUUAUCAAAUUUCUCUAGACCAUAUGAUAGAAAAGAGUAGAAUAGAAGAUUAGUAAAAUUGUGUGAUAUUAUUAGUUGAAAUGAGAAUGAAAUCACUAUUACAAUUUUAGAGCUAA